GGCGCCGGAGUGCCGGAAGUUGUGCUCCUGGUGGAUGGGGUUUUUCUACCUCAGGUUCCCCGUGGCUCUGCUCUCAGUUUACGCAGACUCGCGCCGCCUGCUCCUCACCCCGCUUCGCCGUCAGAUUUCGGAGAUGUCUGCGAUUCCCGCCGAGGAAAGUGACCAGCUGCUGAUCCGACCCCUUGGCGCUGGACAAGAAGUAGGACGAUCAUGUAUUAUCCUGGAGUUCAAAGGAAGAAAAAUAAUGCUAGACUGCGGGAUCCACCCUGGCCUAGAAGGAAUGGAUGCUCUUCCAUAUAUUGAUUUAAUUGACCCAGCCGAGAUUGAUCUCCUGUUAAUUAGUCAUUUCCAUUUGGAUCACUGUGGAGCUUUGCCCUGGUUUCUACAGAAGACAAGUUUCAAAGGAAGAACAUUUAUGACUCAUGCUACAAAAGCUAUUUAUAGAUGGCUUCUUUCAGAUUAUGUCAAAGUCAGUAACAUAUCGGCAGACGACAUGCUGUAUACAGAAACGGAUCUGGAAGAGAGCAUGGACAAAAUUGAAACUAUCAACUUCCAUGAAGUUAAAGAAGUUGCAGGAAUCAAGUUUUGGUGUUACCACGCAGGCCACGUUCUGGGAGCUGCCAUGUUCAUGAUUGAGAUCGCAGGCGUGAAGCUUUUGUACACAGGCGACUUCUCAAGACAAGAAGACAGACACUUAAUGGCAGCUGAAAUUCCUAAUAUUAAACCUGAUAUUCUUAUUAUUGAAUCUACUUAUGGGACCCAUAUCCAUGAGAAGCGCGAAGAGCGAGAAGCAAGAUUCUGUAACACUGUUCAUGACAUUGUAAACAGAGGGGGCAGAGGCCUCAUUCCUGUCUUUGCCCUUGGAAGGGCUCAGGAGCUGCUCUUGAUUUUAGAUGAAUAUUGGCAGAACCACCCAGAACUCCAUGAUAUCCCCAUAUACUACGCAUCGUCUUUGGCCAAGAAGUGCAUGGCGGUGUACCAGACAUAUGUAAAUGCCAUGAAUGACAAAAUCCGCAAACAGAUCAACAUCAAUAAUCCCUUUGUUUUCAAGCACAUUAGUAACCUCAAGAGCAUGGAUCAUUUUGAUGACAUUGGUCCCAGCGUUGUGAUGGCCUCCCCGGGCAUGAUGCAGAGUGGCUUAUCCAGAGAGCUCUUUGAAAGCUGGUGCACGGAUAAGAGGAACGGCGUCAUUAUAGCAGGGUACUGUGUGGAAGGGACACUUGCCAAGCAUAUCAUGUCUGAGCCAGAAGAGAUCACUACCAUGUCUGGACAGAAGCUACCACUGAAAAUGUCUGUUGAUUACAUUUCUUUCUCUGCUCACACAGAUUACCAGCAAACCAGUGAAUUUAUUCGUGCUUUGAAACCUCCUCAUGUGAUUUUAGUCCAUGGAGAACAGAAUGAAAUGGCCAGAUUGAAAGCAGCCCUGAUUCGAGAAUAUGAGGAUAACGAUGAAGUUCACAUAGAGGUUCAUAAUCCUCGGAAUACAGAAGCUGUGACCUUGAAUUUCAGAGGAGAAAAGUUAGCUAAGGUCAUGGGCUUUUUAGCAGACAAAAAACCAGAACAAGGCCAGCGGGUCUCGGGAAUACUUGUUAAAAGAAACUUUAAUUAUCACAUACUUUCUCCUUGUGACCUCUCCAAUUAUACUGACUUGGCCAUGAGCACUGUAAAACAGACCCAAGCCAUUCCCUAUACUGGCCCUUUUAAUCUGCUCUAUUAUCAACUACAGAAAUUGACAGGUGAUGUGGAAGAGUUAGAAAUUCAAGAAAAACCUGCUCUGAAAGUAUUCAAAAAUAUUACUGUCAUACAGGAGCCAGGAAUGGUGGUAUUAGAAUGGUUAGCAAACCCUUCCAACGAUAUGUACGCAGAUACAGUAACAACCGUGAUACUGGAAGUUCAGUCCAACCCGAAAAUCAGGAAAGGUGCAGUACAGAAGGUUUCUAAAAAAUUGGAAAUGCACGUCUAUAGCAAGAGGCUGGAGAUCAUGCUCCAGGACAUAUUUGGAGAAGACUGUGUAAGCGUAAAAGAUGGUUCUGUUCUCAGCGUCACAGUGGACGGGAAAACUGCUAAUAUAAACUUGGAGACCCGGGCUGUAGAGUGCGAAGAAGGAAGCGAGGACGAUGAGUCCCUCCGAGAGAUGGUGGAGCUGGCUGCGCAGAGACUGUACGAGGCCCUCACACCUGUCCACUGACACCUUGAGGUCUCUGCACGUGCACAGCUGCCCUGGAAACCUUAAAGAUCGGCUCCUAGCAACUGAACCAGAAUGUCGCAGUGUCCUUUCUAAGGGAAGAAAAUGCAUGAUGGUUUGUAUUUUCUUACCCAUAUUCUGAAUGUGAAUUAAUAGAGAUGAUCACCUAAUGCGCCUUUUCUCUUCCUUCCCUCCCGAUCCUCUUGGCAGAUUCCAUAAUUUGUGCAUUUGUAAAAUUACAACUUUCGGGAUUCAGUGAUAUUUUCUUAAUAUCUGCAUAUUCAGUUCAGAGAUUCAGACUAAUUUUUUACAGCUAAGUUCAAGGGUAUUCAGCUGUGAGUGGUUGCAUUGCUGUGUGUGGUCAUUAGGCCAGUUUCCUGAAGCACGUGUAGUUCAGACCUGCCAGUUUAACUGGACACAGGAGUGUGGGGUGCAGUCCAGGUGAGCAGGGUAGUG